AACGCGCAGCAGGCCCCUGAGCAUGUGCGGAAAUGCUGUCAUCAGUUCCACAUAGAAAGACUUGGAACAAAUCGAAGAAGACAGUAAAAGUCACAAGAUCCUAUCCAACCUUCCCUUCCCUGAAUGCCUGGGAAGAAUUCAGGGGCCUCUUUCCUGUGGAUGGGGAACCAGAUCCUGGAGUGGGCCUGGGUGUGGAGGAGGGACUGCUCUGCCAGAUGGUUCAUUCUCCAGAAUUCAACCUGUUUCCUGAAUCCGUGGUGUUUGAAAGCAACUUUGUCCAGGUCAAAAAGGACAGGAACUGGGUAGACAUCCACAAAGCCUCCAACACCAUGGCCCUUGGGGUGACCUCCUCUGUCCCCUGCCUGCCUCUUCCCAACAUCCUCCUCCUGGCCAGUGUCAGAUGGCACCACGGGCAGACCCAGACGUGGAACAAACCGGCUACGGCCCCCAAGAUCAUCCUGAAGAGGAUUCUCCCUUUGAAGUUUGUGGAGCUCCAGGUCUGUGACCGCCUUCAACGCAUCCUGCGGUUGAGGACAGUCACGGAGAAGAUCUACUGCCUAAGGCUCCACCCUGACCAUCCUGAGACUGUCUUCCACUUCUGGAUCCGACUGGUUCAAAUUCUGCAGAAGGGCCUGUCCAUCACCACCAAAGAUCCUAGGAUUCUUGUUACUCACUGCCUGGUACCCAAAAACAGCUGCAGUCCCUCAGGAGACUCACAGUUAGUACAGGAGAAACCCCAAGCCUCCCAGCCCAGCGAGAGCCUCAUGCAGCUGAUGGCCAAGGGGGAGAGUGAGGCGCUCUCUCAGAUCUUUGCUGACCUGCACCAGCACAACCAGUUCAGGAGCAGCAAAAAGACAGAGAACAAAAAGGACAGCUCAGAAAAAAGCUAUCCCAGUGAAGACUCCAUCCCUUGCACCCGUGACCUCAGUUGGAGGGAUUCGUUCACCUAUGGAGAGUGGGAAAGAGAGAAUCCCUCUGGGCCGCAGCCCCUCUCGCUCCUCAGCACUCUGGCAGCCUCCACCGGGCCCCAGCUGGCCCCAUUCAUAGGAAGUUCUAUUUGAGCCACCCUUUUACACUGGAGAGAAUCUACUAGCCCUCGCCAACGCCACUCUGCAGCAUUCAGCUCUCUGAGGGACUCUCUCUGGAUGGAGGGGAGGAGAAAGCUGCAACUAAGGAAAAACUAGAAUCAUCCCAUGCUAACAACAUGGCCUUUCCCUGGUGAACCACUUGGGAGCAUGGCUCCUGGAUGAGAAGCCUUAUUCCAGCAUCAUUCCGUAACUUGUCAUCGCCACCAGCACCGCACAUCACCUCCCCUCACCUCCCUUCCAGCACAAGAAGACAUGCUUUCAGAAGGACCAGGACCAGGAGAUGGAGAGAAGGAAGGAAAGAGAACCAGGACCAGAGGAGAGGUGGAAGAGAACAAAACGGAGGUGAAGAGGAAGGCCGAGGGCGGAAAUCAGAGAAGAGGGGAGAGGCAGAAAAGUGUGACAGAAGGAAAUAGAAGAGAGGACAAGAGAAGUACACAGCUGAGAGCGGCCUCACCAAGCUUCUAUUUAUCUAAUUUAAAACUUGAAAGUAAGGCCAUAUACCAGAAGAGAUAUGUGUUUUCUUCUCUGCUCAGACUCCUCUGGACAAGGAUGAGGAGACAAAUAAAUUC